GGAGUCAUACUCCAGGAGUCUCUGCGACUGAGGCAUGCCAUUCUUCUCCCCGCUGCUAGAAAGUGCUGCUUAUUCUGACUCAGGCUAUUGUGGAGCACACAAGUGGCUCUCUGACGAGGAGGGGACGGAGAAAGAAAGGGUGGGGUCAAGGUUCAAACGAAAGGCUCCCAUCGGGACUCCCGUUCUGUUAUCAAAUUUGUUGAGGCACAAAAAGAGCUACAGUCUCAUUCCCAAGAACAUCUUGAGGGAGCGACAGGGGGGUUAGAGGACAGCAUUCUUUAUGUCAGGGCUUCUGUUCUUCCACAGCUCAGCGGACGGACCCUCAGUCUUCACUUUGCUCCAUAUGCAACUGCUGCGUAACUCUUCUGAGUGAACAGUUCCAUAAUCGGACAAGUGUUCUGUCUGUUUGGGCGCCCUCUGAAACAAGCCGGAGCUCGGCCCUCUUUCCCCUCAGAGACCAUCAUGGAGUCUGCUACGACGGCCCUGCCCUCCCUUCUGUAUAAUGAGUCUUCAGAGAGCUGUGCUGCGGUGGAGACCGCCACCGAGGACACGCUGUUCGGAUGCUUCUACAUCCUGGUCUUCGUUCUAGCGCUGAACGGGAACAGCCUGGCUCUGUGGAUCUUCUCCCACCAGCGCGGUGCCUCCUCUCCAGCCAACGUCUUCCUGAUACACCUGGCCGUGGCCGACCUGUCCUACGUGAUCAUCCUGCCCCUGAGGGCCACCUACCACCUCACGGGCGGACACUGGCCCUUCGGGGAGGUGCCCUGCAGGGUGGCGGGCUUCCUGUUCUACGUCAACAUGUACGCCAGCCUGUACUUCUUGGCCUGUGUGGCCGGGGACCGCUACCUGGCUGUGGUGCACGCCGUAAGGUCACUGAAGGUGCGGCGUGCUCGCUACGCUCACGUCAUCAGCUUCUCUCUGUGGGCCCUGGUGACCGUCUCCAUGGCGCCACUGCUGCUCACCCACCAGACUACGGACGUGGACGGCACAACGGUCUGUCUGCAGCUGUACAGAGAGAAGGCCUCGCGCAGCGCUCUGAUCUCGCUGGCUGUGGCCUUCACCCCCCCGUUUCUGGCCACGCUGUCCUGCUACCUGCUCAUCAUUCACAGUCUGAAUGGGGGCUCCAGGCUGGAGCCGGCUCUCAAGCUGAGGGCCCUGCGCACCAUUGGCCUGGUCAUGCUCAUCUACGUGGUCUGCUUCCUGCCUUACCACGUGAGCAGGGCCACCUUCAUCCUGGGCUACAACCACCCCGGCGUCUCCUGCCAAACCCGACGAGGCCUGGGUUUGGCCAACCGCCUCACCUCCUCGCUCACCUGCCUGAACGGGGCCUUGGACCCGCUCGUCUACCUGUUUGGGGCGGAGAAGUUCCGCGGGACUCUAACUCGGCUCUUUUGCAAGGAUAAGGCGGGGGUUUCAGGAGCCACCAGCGGAGAGCUGAAAGGAACACACGAGAGCUCUGUCAGCGCCAAGUCUGAGUUCUGAGGGGGAAGGACUCAAACUAAUGCUUUACCAACAGAACCUGGAGUUGGUCCUUCUGUUGACUGGCUGCUGCCUUUGUUUCACUUAAGGUGUGGCCUCAUGUAAUAAAGUAGCUAAUGUGGCACAUCUUCCCCUCAGCUCCAACGCCAGGUCCAGUUCCAGCGUCCACCAUUGCCACAGACAUUCACUGAAAUCACCCGUGUGAGUGUCAGUUCACUAAGCAUCACACGAGGAGAGAUAAAAAGCACUUAUAAGAUGAGUAGCAGCCGGCAAACAUUUUAUAUUUAUAAUCUGAUUGUUAGUUCUAGAUAUGAUGCCGCAAAUAAACGAAUGAUGACUUCCUACUUUACACAAACCUCAAGGUGAUGUAAAGAUAUUUUUAUGUCAAAAACCAAAAGACUGAUCAAAAAUGUACCCAAUGUUUUAUCCUGUUACUGUUUUACAUGUGCUAAAUACUUAUUCGUUAGCUUUUUUGUGUUUAGCUUUUUAGCUGUAUUUAGCUUUCCACGUUCAGACACGCUGACCGCAUGUGCAGGUGAUCAGGCUCCGUCCACAUGGUGGUAAAAGAGCUUACUGAAGCGUUGCCAUGACCACAGCAUCAAGUGUCUGACAGUAAAUCACGCUCAGACUCAGACAAAUGGCUUAAUGGACAUUACAUAGAUAGAAAUGUUGUCAUGGAAGCACUUGUAAAACUGUAAACCGCAAUUGGGGUCUUAACCUUGUGUUUGUUGUAAGAUAUAUUUUUAAAAUGUUCAUAUUUCAUACCACUUUGUUAUGUAUACUUGAAAUGUGUUAACUUGUGUCCUUUCGCUUUUGUUUUGCAUGACAAAUCUUCAGUGUAUAUCAAUUCUUUUAAUGCAGCUAACUCCUCUAUGCUGUGCAUUUAUUUAUGCAUGAUGGGCUUCACUCACUCAAUUCAACCCAAUACAGGAACUGCGCUCAGAUCUUUCAACAUGUAAAAAAUAAUAAUUUUACUGUUUUCAUUUCCAUGUUUUGUAUCAAUACUAUCUACUUUUCAACGCUGUUACUCUAUAUAAAAGAAGUCAGCUGACAACCUU